AUGACGGAAGAGCCGAAACAUGCCCGAUUCGGCGACCGCGAGGAGCGACGGAUAGAGCGCAGCCGGGUGUUGACGAUGAAGUACGGCAAACAGCAGAUGGUGCUGAUCCGGAAGCGGAUGCAGGUGGAAAACUGGGUGGAGGAGGAGGUGACGAAGCUGUACGGGGGGAAGGAUGAAAAUGGCGUCGAGUUGGAGCUGGACGACCUGCUGGCCCUGGACACCGCGCAGCAACGACGGAAAUUUGCCUAUGACGAGCUGCAGAAGCACUUUUGCCCAGCAUCCAUGGACCGGAUCACCGCUUUCCUUGAUGGGCUCAUCCGGCAGCUGGCCGCGUUU